AUGAAGAUUCAUUUGCCCAGACCUCCAUCCAUAGGCUUCUUCAGUAUGACCACAGAGCAGCAGAUCAAUGAGCAAGAGGAGUUGUUGAAGGAAAAGAUUCUGACCAGCAGUCGCCCCACUGCAAGUUGGAUAUCUUCUGCCUGCAAACUUGUAUGGCAAAAGUGCGACAGUGAGCUGCUGAACAAAUUUUCCAAAUGCAUGGCAACUUGCUCCCAAUUUUGCUUUUCCAAAGCACUGCAAGCUACCUCUGGUGCCAAGUUGUCUCCUGCAGUGAAAAGACUUGUGAAAGUUAUCAACCAAAGUUCAUCUAGACCUUGGGCCUGUGGUGACAAAUUGGUUCGAAAGCUGAAGAGGGAACGAUCUGAUGCAUCUGACAAAGCUGCUGGUUCUCCUGCUAAGAAGAUGCCAACCCAGAGCAGCUCCAGUACCAUGCAUGCAGUGGCAGAUGUACAGUCACUCUAUGCUUUGGCAGGUGUCUCCAUUGGCAAAACUUCUUCUAGUUCCAGAACUGCCAAUGCCACUGCUUCCUCUGUGGAUGGCAUUCUCAUUUCUUCUGAGGAGGACAAGGAAGAUAGCACUGUGAAGCUUCCAACCAUGGACCAACCUGCUGGCAAGGCAUGGUUUGAUGCCAAGAGAGGCUGCAUGGUUAGAGGCAUUCCUGGAGAAGCUGGUGCUGUAGAAGAGGCUGCUAUGUCACCUGGUGACUCUGGCUUUCUUGUGGCAACUUUUCCUGGUGAGAGUAAAUGUGGCAUCAGGCAGAAGAAGCCUGUGAGAACCCAGUUGUUUGAAUUUGGAGAUUUCUCUGUGCUGAAAAAAGAUCUGUAUGAAAUUGCAGAUCAGGCCAUUACCCGUUUGUUGGCCAAGGAUUUGGCCAUAGCAGAUGCUAAGUCUUGGAAACUUCUAUUUCCUCCUGUGGUGGAGAUUCCUCCUGUGGUGGAGAUUGCAUGCCAACUGAAACAGCAACAGCUGACCAACUUGAAGGAGCCCGUAAAAGGAGGAGUGGACACCUGGACACCUAUUCAGCGACUAGGGAAGUGGUGGAUAUGGACCAGGGAAACCCGCUGGAAAGCUUGUGAUACCUAUGAGGCUGCUUUAGCUGCCAAAGAAGGAAAGGCUGCAGCAACUGCCAAAAAGAGUGGGCCCCAUGCUGGUUUGGAUGAGCUCUGGGCAAAACCAGCACCUCCGGUGAAGGAAUUUGCAUACAACCAGAUGAGGGAAACACUGGAGAGGGAAGAACAGGAGCACAUAGCCAUGGCAAACUAUGGGAUGGCAACCAGUGCCAGGCCACCAACAGCUCCAUGGAGGAUGCCCCAGCCAGCACCACCAACUCCAAAGGCUGCACCAGAAGCUCCAAAGGCAGCAGCUGUACCAGAAGGAUCCUUUGUCACAAACUUCGGAAUGGUCAAUGUUUUGUUUGGAUGUUUCAAGGGGGGGCUGCAGCGCGUCAACUUCAUCAAUGACAAGGAUCGUCGGGUGAAAUGGCCAAAGUACAAAAAGAUGGAUGGAGGGCGCAAAGUUGAUGCAGAUCAAUGCCUGAAGCACCCAUCUCUAGAGAAAGCGAAAGAGAUGCUGCAUGACUUCCUGAUGGACAGGAUGGCCAAGUUACUGGUUGAGAAACCUGAAUUGCGUUUGAAGGCCAAUCUGCAGAAGUUGUUGGACGAGCUCAACAACGAUGACAUUGAGGCGAAUUGCUGGUCUUGCCAUGUGCAAAUUGACAACGACCUGUGGCUGGUGGUGCCCAGUAUGCCCAAGAAUGCGCCGAACCUGAUUAUCUUCCACAGGGGCGAAAUCGCUGUGGAGUUCGGCGGCUUCUUCUGUAAGCGUUUGAUCCAAUUUCAUUUGCCCACUGUGGCGGAUGACAAUGAAGAGCCAGCUGUGCAAGAGCCACAAUCGCUCCCGCCAGAUAGCCAGUAG